AUGGAAUCCAGGUUGAAGCUGAGCAAACUGAGUACAAAUCCACCAGUUGAUGCUACUCUAUAUAGGAGCAUUGUUGGAAGUUUGAGGUAUCUUGUUAAUACAAGGCCGGACAUAGCAUAUGUGGUCGGGAUUGUAAGUCGAUUCAUGGAAGGUCCUACCACUCAACAUAUGGCUGCUGUGAAGCAUAUACUCAGGUAUGUGAGUGGUACAUUGAAUUUUGGAUGCCACUAUAGAAAGAUAAAGGAUGAGAAACCGCAACUAGUUGGGUAUAGUGAUAGUGACUUAGCUGGCGAUGUUGAUGAUCGCAAGAGUACUACUGGAGUUGUCUACUUUCUUGGUCCAAAUCUAAUCACUUGGAUGUCACAAAAGCAGAAAGUAGUGGCACUAUCAUCUUGCGAGGCGGAGUAUAUUGCUGCAACAACGGCUGCAUGUCAAGGUAUAUGGCUAAAUCGUUUAUUAGCUUAUUUGAUGAAGCAAGAGUUGAGCUCGGUGGUUCUUAAGGUGGACAACAAAUCUGCAAUUUCCCUUUGCAAGAAUCCUGUCCAUCAUGAUAGGAGCAAGCACAUUGACACACGAUACCAUUUCAUUCGGGAAUGUAUCGAGAGUAGCAAGAUAGCAGUAAAGUAUGUGAAUUCAGAUGACCAGCUCGCUGACAUGCUGACCAAGUCGCUUGGGAGUGUCAAAUUCUUGGAGAUGCGCCAGAAGAUUGGGUUGCGAGAUCUGAAGAAAAAUCAACAAGAUUAA